AUUUAUCUAGUCCAGAAGGAAAGCCAGAAUGAAUCAUUGGGUGAAUCACAGCGUGACAUCAUUUCUCACAUUUCAAUGUGCAAAUUUCUUUUUACCUUUUCCCUGAAAUGAGUAGACAGACAGCAGCUCCUGAAAAUCCCGGACAACAAGCUGAAAAUCAAAUUGUACCUUUGUCUCUCCGAGAGAUUCGCUAUCACCUUUUCAAGGACCUCCUCCAAGUCCCACACGAAUUCUCAUGUAAACAACACUGCGAACCCUCUGAACAGAGCUAUGAAUCGACGCAAUCUGUCUCUGGGAGUGCUGGGAGUCGCCAUAACAUCAGCGGUGGGGGUAAACGAUCCAGCCAAAUGAGACAAAAAACCUCGGGCAAAAGCGAGCAAAAGUCGUCGGAUGCUGUCUGGCAUAUUCAGCACGUAGACAGUCGUUCACGACCGGGGGGGGAUUCAGUGACAAUUUAAUGGGUUAUCGUGUGUACCCACCCAAUCCCACGAAUAAUCCAGCCAAUUUAACCGGAUUAAUCGCAAUCGAGUGCUCCAAGACAGUGAGAUGUUCGACUUGGUGUGGUGAUAUGAGAAUUUUGGAUUCCAAAAAUCACGCAAACCAGGGAACACGAAGUGGAUAAUUCACGUUGGAGAACAGCUGACGAUAGACAGAAUUGGCUUCUGGAAAAAAAAACAUUGACUCUGACAAAAGGGGAGAUCUUCAGUUGAACAACUCGAGGAAGAUAAAACAAUUAUACUGAUAAGAGUGAGCUUGCAAAUGUCUGAAUGAGCACGUAAUUAUCGGUGAAAUAGCUCUCACCAGUGGGGUAUGUGUUUCGUAUGGCUCGAGGGCCGGGAAUAUGGCCACUGUUUUCGAGAGUCCAUUUCUGUCGAAUAGACUACGACAGAUUGAGGAACGUUACGAGGCACCAACGACAUUUGGCAGAUGUGAUUGCACAAGCUACAGUUAUUUGGCAUUGAGUGUUGUAUUGUUUAUCAUUGGCACUGCCAUAACAAUACUAGCACUUGGUGAUGCUGCUAAUGGACAAGUGUUCAGUAAUCUUGGGCACAUGUGGCUCGUUGGACCAAUUUUCAUCUGCUCGGGACUCAUGGUCGGAGCCAAAUGUAUUCUGUAUCUCAGGAGGAAGUCGGUUAUUCAGAUGCUUGUGCAUCAGCGUCAGCUGUUCAGGCAUUUACAGGAGUUAGCAGGGGCUCAAGGUGUGAAUGGUUCCGGUGCAGGUACCCCUGGGCCUCCGCCUUAUGAUUCGAUAGCUCAAGGUCAAGGACCCAGUGAACUGCCGCCACCGACGUACGCCGAGGCCGUUGCUCUACUCCAUCAGACUGAUAUUCACGGUGCGAAGCCCUCAAAUGAGUCCCAGCAGGAUGAUGGUUUCGCAACAGUCGGAACCACACGAGCCAAACCCUGAGAUGCUUCCAAGUACUUCUGUUUUUUUUAUUUAUUAUUAACGACUUCAAUCGGGACAGUGAUUAUUAAUGACUGAUUGUCGACUCACUGCGAAUAAUUAUUUACUCUAGUUUUGAUGGUCUUGAUGACCUUGAUUAGGAAGCAGAGGGCCACUGUGCAUUUCAGGAUAUCCUUUGCAAGGUCAGGGCGUGAUUGGACAAAUUUUAUUUCCCUCUCGUUAAUUUUCUUUUUUAUCGACUUAAGUAGUACUUAAUGCUUCGGAGGAGUGACUGGUGAUGCAGCUGUAAUUUUUAGUUUUAGUUCGAUUAGCGUAGGGUUUUCAAGUGCAAGUACUAUCUGUAUUCGUUGCUGUCCCAUUAUAGGGAUCUUUAAUGCGGCUUUUUUCAUUGUUUUUAAUGCAUUAUCGACGCUGUUGAAUUGAGUAGUUGUGUUACGAAGGUGUCAACAUGAAUUGAAUAUUUUCAAUUUGUUCAGGACGAUCAAUAACCUCACCUCGAUUUGUUAGUGAUUGAUUUUACGACGAGGCGGUUCUUCACAAUUUUUGUGAAAUUUCAUUUUUAUCGAAAAUUAUUAAAUACAAAAUUAUUUGACUCCUGAAAUGAGAGAGGGUCCGAUAAUUCAGCCAGGGGAUGGCCAUCCUCCCUCACUGCUUCGAGAACAAAAAGGUACACAGAGUACGUUAUAACUAUCUUCAGUUUUCUUGUACAAAAAGAAACGGAGUCUAAAAUAAAUGACUCAUUUUGUGAAUUGAAAAAAAUAUUUUUCUACUGAUACGGUCUCAAGAAUUAAGACUGCAUUCAUGCCUUAAAAUAAUUCUAACGAUGCCUCAAGUGAGAUGUACUUGAAAUCAUGAGGUCUAAAAAUGGAAUUGAUAAGAAUUGUUUUUUUUAAAGGGCAAAUAUCGUGAUGAGAAAAUACGGAACAAUUGGUCAGUAUUACUGCUAAGCGGAACGAAAUAAGCUUUUUCUUUUGGCAAAUUUGAUACAAAAAUUUUUCGACAAUUGAAUUUACCAAGUACUAUACUAAUCUCUCAUUAAUUAUCAUGAACAAUCUCAUCGAUGCAUCAACGUUGAAUCAAAACUUAUCAAUAAUUAGUGAUUAGUAGACACGUACAUACCUCGUGUAAUGCAUAAAAUAAUUUUUACAAGUAAUCAAUUGUGAUGUUUUUCUCUUUUUGUAUGUAUAUACAUCCAAUGAAAUAUAAUUAAUCUGAAGGAAUAAAAAAUAGAGUUUGUAUUUCUGUAAUCGACGUGAAUCCUCAUUUAUUCUCAAUAAUCAUUAAAUAACUAGUAUUAAUGUAAAAAUGUUCCUGUGGUAUUUUUUUUUUGUCAGCCAGAAAGAAACAAUCAUUUAUUCCUCUUACAUUCGAUGGAAAGAAAAUUAUUGAUAACCGAAUACAAAGGGUUACGCUCACAGAAAUAAUGAAGAGGGGAGAGAAAAUAAAUUUGAAAAAUUACUUUGGGAAUUUUUUUUACGAAUGGGCAACAGCAAGCAUCUCCUCUUGGUGAAUGAGGUGCGUUGUGUUGUUGACGAGGGCCAUUAGUUGUGAUAACGAGGCUGACCAUGCGUCUAAGAGGGCUGCGGGCUCUUGAGUACCAGUGAAACGUACAACACCAGCUGGCCUGUCUGUGCGGGCACUGAUAACACCAGUCUCAACGAGUUUACACAGACAUGCCUCAGUCUCCUCGACAGCGAGGUCUAGGAGUUCCGACAUUCGU